CCCCCCCCCCCCCUUCUCGCGCGUGUCCCACCCAGGUUUGAUUUUGAGGGCCUGGAAGGCGGCGAGGACGGCGCGCUGGAGAAGCUGAGAGCCUGGAGCAGAUCCAUUGAGGAUCUGCAGCACCCCAGUGCCCUGCCUGCCCCCUUUGCCAGCAGCCUGGCCCGCUCUGCCCGCCAGACCGCCCUACGCUACGGGACGCUGCCGAGCCGCAAGGCGCUGAAGAACUCGCGCCUGGUGAGCCAGAAGGACGACGUCCACCUCUGCAUCAUGUGCCUGCGGGCCAUCAUGAACUACCAGUACGGCUUCAACCUGGUCAUGUCCCAUCCCCACGCCGUCAACGAGAUCGCCCUGAGCCUCAACAACAAGAAUCCCAGGACCAAGGCGCUGGUGCUGGAGCUGCUGGCGGCCGUGUGCCUGGUGAGGGGCGGCCACGAGAUCAUCCUGUCGGCCUUCGACAACUUCAAGGAGGUGUGCAAGGAGAAGCACCGCUUCGAGCGACUCAUGGACUACUUCCGCAACGAGGACAGCAGCAUCGACUUCAUGGUGGCCUGCAUGCAGUUCAUCAACAUCGUGGUGCACUCCGUGGAGGACAUGAACUUCCGCGUGCACCUCCAGUACGAGUUUACCAAGCUGGGGCUGGAGGAGUUCCUACAGAAGUCGAGGCACACGGAGAGCGAGAAGCUGCAGGUGCAGAUCCAGGCGUACCUGGACAACGUCUUCGACGUCGGGGGGCUGCUGGAGGAUGCCGAGACCAAGAACGUGGCUCUGGAGAAGGUGGAGGAGCUGGAGGAGCACCUGUCCCACCUGACGGAGAAGCUGCUGGACCUGGAGAACGAGAACAUGAUGCGGGUGGCGGAGCUGGAGAAGCAGCUGCUGCAGCGGGAGAAGGAGCUGGAGGUGGUCAAGGAGACCUACGAGCACACGAGCCACCAGGUGCACACGCUGCGGCGGAUGAUCAAGGAGAAGGACGAAGCUUUCCGGCGGCGCUACGGCUCCGAGCCGCCCCCCGUGCUGGGCGCCGACCCCCCCCCCCAGUCCGAGCCCCAAGCUCCAGAUGAGGCCCCGAGGGUCCCCAUCCUGCCUCCCCCGGAGGCUGCACCCCCCCCACCGCCCCCGCCACCUCCCCUGCCGCCCCCUGCGCCCCCGCUGCCAGACAAGUGCCCGCCGGCCCCGCCACUGCCCGGGGCUUCGCCCUCCAUCGCCCUCACCGUUGGGCUCUCGGCCAUCCGGAUCAAGAAGCCCAUCAAGACCAAAUUUCGGUUGCCCGUCUUCAACUGGACGGCGCUGAAGCCCAACCAGAUCAGCGGGACGGUGUUCAGCGAGCUGGACGACGAGCGGGUGCUGGAGGACCUCGACCUGGAGCGUUUCGAGGAGCUCUUCAAGACCAAGGCGCAGGGCCCGGCCCUCGACCUGGUGUGCGCCAAGAACAAGGCGUCGCACAAAGCCGCCAGCAAGGUGACGCUGCUGGAAGCCAACCGGGCCAAGAACCUGGCCAUCACCCUGCGCAAGGCCGGCCGAGGCACCGAGGAGAUCUGCAGGGCCAGCCCCACCCACCGGUUCGACCUGGCGACGCUGCCGGUGGACUUCGUGGAGUGCCUGAUGCGGUUCCUGCCCACCGAGGCGGAGGUGAAGGCGCUGCGGCAGUACGAGCGGGAGCGCAAGCCGCUGGAGGAGCUGGCGGACGAGGACCGCUUCAUGCUGCAGUUCAGCAAGGUGGAGCGGCUGCCGCAGCGCAUGGCCAUCAUGGCCUUCCUGGGCAACUUCGCUGAGAACCUGCAGAUGCUGACGCCGGCCCCCCACGCCGCCCUGGCCCCGGUCAAGUCCUCCCAGAAGCUGAAGCACGUGUUGGAGAUCAUCUUGGCUUUGGGCAACUACAUGAACAGCAGCAAACGCGGCGCCGUCUACGGCUUCAAGCUGCAGAGCCUGGACUUGCUCCUGGACACCAAGUCCACGGACAGGAAGAUGACGCUGCUGCACUUCAUCGCGCUGACGGUGCGGGAGAAGUACCCCGAGCUGGCCACCUUCUGGCAGGAGCUGCACUUCGUGGAGAAGGCAGCCGCAGUGUCCCUGGAAAACGUGCUGCUGGACGUGAAGGAGCUGGGCCGGGGCAUGGAGCUGCUGCGCCGGGAGUGUGGGCUGCACGAGAACGGCGUCCUGCGGGCGUUCCUGGCCGCCAGCGAGGGCAAGCUGGAGCGGCUGCAGAAGGACGCGCGGACAGCCGAGGUGGGGGCGCCGAGCCGCCGGGCACGGCCCCCGUGCGCGCCUUGGCACGCGUGCAAUGCCUCGCGUGCGCCUCGUGCGUGCACCGCUUUGCGUGCCCCCCCCCAGCCCCCCGUGCGUGCCUUGUCACACGCCUCGCUGUGA